AUGUCCAACAACGAGGACAACUUUGAUGGUGACAAUUUCGAUGAUGUGGAAGAGGAUGAGGAGCUCGAUGACUUGGAGAACGCUGAGGAGGAGGGCCAGGAGAACGUGGAGAUCCUCCCCUCGGGCGAGCGCCCUCAGGCCAACCAGAAGCGCAUCACCACGCCCUACAUGACCAAGUACGAGCGUGCCCAGCAGAUCGCGAUGUGCGCCCCUGUGAUGGUGGAGCUGGAGGGAGAGACCGACCCCCUGCUCAUCGCCAUGAAGGAGCUCAAGGCCCGCAAGAUCCCCAUCAUCAUCCGCUGGUACCUGCCGGACGGGAGCUACGAGGACUGGGGCGUGGACGAACUCAUCACAUCAUCACCGACUGAGCCCCCUGCCUGCCGGGAAUAA